UUAAUGCAAGGGAAACUACUGUAGUUAUUCUAGAACCCGGAAAUACUGCAGAAAAACAAGCAUACGAAAACCAACAAGAUGGCAGCUUUAUCCGAACCCCUUACUCUUGAAAAAGAUAUCAAUCGUGCAAUUGAACUGUUAGAUUUACUCCAGAGAACUGGAGAGUUCCCUGCUGCUAAGCUUCAAGCACUGCAAAGAGUUUUACAGAGUGACUUCCUUCACGCUGUGCGGGAAGUGUAUGAAAAUGUGUAUGAAACUGUGGACAUAAGUGGUAGUGCUGACGUUAGAGCUAAUGCCACAGCUAAGGCAACUGUCGCUGCGUUUGCUGCCAGUGAGGGUCACGCCCACCCCAGAGUUGUUGAACUACCUAAAACAGAAGAGGGUCUAGGGUUUAACGUUAUGGGUGGGAAGGAGCAGAACUCGCCCAUAUACAUCUCACGUAUCAUUCCUGGGGGUGUGGCAGACAGACAUGGCGGCUUGAAGAGGGGCGACCAGCUUUUAUCAGUCAAUGGAGUGUCUGUCGAAGGGGAAUAUCAUGAAAAAGCUGUUGAGUUGCUUAAAAUUGCUCAUGGUACAGUCAAACUAGUUGUCAGAUACACACCUCGUGUUCUUGAUGAAAUGGAAGCUCGAUUCGACAAACAACGGGCGGCCAAUCGUAGACCUCAACCUCAAUAAAAAAAUGUAUUUCUGUUCUAGGAAUUAGUUUUUUAAAAAUCAUCACAUUUUAUUCAUUUGUGGAAGAUCUUACGAUUAAAACUGGUUGAGGAUAUAAGUUAUAUCCAGUUAUCUAAUGUCAUCUAAAUGCUAAUUAAUUAUUGAAAUCUCAACUUAAAGAUGUUUCUUGAUAGCCUUGCUUAAUUAUUUUUAUGAUUUAUCCAAAAUUUUAUGUAACAAUUUCUGAAAAUACUUUUUACACUUUAUUUUUAGCAUUGUAAGUACAAUCCUUUUGUCAUUUCUGUAAAACACUUGAUGUAACAAAACGAGGAGCUUUUUUAAAUGUAAUUUUUAUUAAGGAGUUCUUGCGUCUGUGUGCCCUAGAAAGAUUUGAAUGUCUAAAAGUAUGGAACAGCUAUCUUUAGAAGCACCAGUCGCAAGAUUUAUUUCCCUCAAAGUGACUUUAAUUCUUAAUGUCUAUCCACAGUGCAGCACGACUAUUAUGCAAACACAGAAUCAUCUAACUGUAUAUAAUGUUAGCCUUGAUUAUGUUAUGUUUAUAAAUCAUAACACAGAAUCAUCUAAUUAUAUAUAAAGUUAGCAUAGAUGAUGUGUAUGUUAUGCUCAUAAAUCAUAACACAUCUAAUCACAUAUGAAGUGAGCAUUGAUUAUGUGUGUAAUGCUUAUAAAUCAUCUUUUUGAUUGCAAUGUGGCACAAUAAGCCUUUAGCUAUGAAAAUUAUAACAGUAUAAGCAUCUCAACCAUAAAAAGCUGAAAUUACAGUGUUCAGAUUUUCCCUAUAUUAAAGUUAAGAACAAUAAUAAUGAAUUUCUACUACUUUAUUUUUUAGGCUUUUUUUGUAUUAAGAUUUUAAAAUUGUGUUGUGAAGUUUUUGAAAUUUUUCUUUUUAUUCCUUUACUCUUACCAUUAAAAGUAAAAACUGUGAAAAACUACCAAACUACUUGAAACGUUUGUGCUUCUGAACCUCUCUAAUCAUUCCAAGGUUGUGUUGUAUUUUUUAUUAUUAUUACUUUAUGGAUUUAUUUUUUAAUUAAUUUUUGGUUGUACACAUACACAAUUUAAAAAAAAAAAACAUGUUUGUUCAUGCUGUGGAUGUAAAUAUAAUUAGAAUAUUGAAGCUGUAGUCUGUAUUUUACAACAGCCAAAAAUGAUGAAUUAGCCAUUUUAGUUACAUUUUAGUUGUAUAGUUAAGGCUUACAUGUAUUGGUCUUUUCAUGUCCUCAGUUAGCUAUUUACUUUUGUAUUCUUGUAUACAUAUAUCCCAUACUCCAUUUGUAAUAAAGAAAAUAAAAUAGCAUUGUUUG